CCCCAAGUGUUUCUUCCUCGUGUUCCAUAUGUGGACAAAGCUUUGAUUACAUACAGUGAGGACAAUCUACUGGGAGAAGGAACAUUUGGCAAGGUGUACAGAGGUUCUUUCCAUGGUACUCCAGCAGCUGUCAAGAGGAUAGUGUGUGGCCAACAAGGAAUGGAGGACAGUGACAUUCAGCAUGAGAUAAAUGUGUCACUGAGACUGUCUCAUCCCAACAUUGUCCGGCUCAUGGCAGUAGCCCGCACAGACUCCUGCUUUUACUUGGCAGCUGAUUACAUUCAUGGAGCAACCCUGAACCAAGUGCUUCAUGCAGACAGCUGCGUCGUGAAG